AUGGCCUCUUUCGAUCCUUGGGAGCUCUCUGCAGCGUCGACAUCUUCAUCGCCGUCUGGUAGUGACGAGACGGAAGACUAUUCGAACCCGUCCCCCAUCUUAAAUCCCUCAGUGAUCGGCUCUACGUCAGCCAUGUCUUAUUUGGGAAAUGGAUACCCCCACGUGAUCGAAAAGGUAGAAGCAAGCCGCGGCCAGGUAGACAUGAAUUGGCGUCCGCAAGUGCUGUAUGCUAGGAGCGAUCAUGCAACUCUGCCCGGGAUAGAUCAGAGCCGGGCCAUUGACGGGCCAGGCCGCAGCAGAGAUCUGGGGGAGCUCACCAUCGUGCCAUACAAGGGUCCGAAAGUGAAGACAAAACGCGAACCCGCAUGCCACCGCGCUUGUCGCGUAAACGCCCUCGUUAAUGACAAGAAUCCGAAGUCUGAGUUCAAGCGUGACAAGAAUGGCCUAUUCCAGGGGUCUUUCCAGACCUUUGGGGCUAGUGAAAGGAUCCGCUCCGACUUGAAUGUCGGAUCUCGAUCUACCACCGCUAUCACUAGGGAAUAUGGCGCCUGCGGGAGGUGCCAACAACAGAAGUUGAGAUGUAACAUGACGAGGGACCCAUUCAUGCCGUGCGAGAGAUGUUCUAAGGUAACUCACGGGUAUCUAAAAACACCUUGCAUACGCGUGAAACUCCGCGGUCUGCAUCUACACCGGCGAGGCUCGACCCUCAACAACAACCUCGAGAAUUGGACUGCCGCUCAGGACCGUCUUUUCAAGAAAUGCCUUGUCCAAAACGGCGGUGAGAGGUUUAAGCCUUUGACAGUUCUAAUUACUCAGGACCAGGGAAUCGUGAUUCCCGUCACCAUCCGGAGGUUCACGCCAUCCUCGACCGAUACUAUCAGUUGGAAAUGGCGGGACAAGGCCUCUCAGGAGAGGGUUAUGGAGAUGCCCCCUUUCUACAUCUGCAACGUCGAGGAAGCGGCACGUAAUAUGUGGCAAGCCGUAGUAUGUAAGAAAGAGGAGUACGUCAAUUGCUUACUCGGGGCCGCGAACCCCAUCAUUAGAAAGACGUUCGAGGCGGCGUUUCGGUAUUUGGAAGUCUCCGGCAGCAGCCUUGUGUUGAAUUGCCUUAUGUAUUGGGUAGCGACUCGCUUUAUCGAGAAGCCAUGGCGAAUAUGUAGCAACCUCCCCGGCUUUGAUCCACCGUAUGAUCCUAUGGAUCCAAGUGACCCUAAUGGGACGCGAUGUCCCUUUAGCGGAAUCAUUCCCGUCACUCCAAUAAUGGACACGCAGAUCGACGAUAUAGCGAUAAGGUCCAUCCUCGGGCCACUCGAGACGAAGAUAUUGAAUGAGUUGGACCAAAAGAUUCACGAGAAGGAGCGGAAGAAUUGGUUCGAUAUCUACCUCGCCACGUUCAUCAUGAUGAAUAACUUCGAGUUCGUCUUUACCGAUGUUAUCGACUACACUAGCCGUCACGGGUUGAAGCCAUCUUCCACCGGUGCUUCUUCGCUUAGCAAGGGGUACUUUCAUGCCUGUAAGACCAUGCUCGUCUAUUUUCGCUUUGCAUGUAAUGGCCAUGCCCCAUUAGCGCUGUCGUGGCAGAAACCAGCCGCGCCGGUCGACGGUUUAUCAUUUGACCAACAGGAAUAUCUCCGAGAUAUCAAGAAGGACGUCAACCGGCAAAGGAGGUCAUUGGAACGCUGGCGGGGUGGCUCGGUAUAUAAGACGCCUCUGUACCUAUGUUACCAAGUCUUGGCUGAAGAUUGGAGUCCUACUGUCGCGAAUGCCGAACCGCUAGACGACUUCACGGAGGAAGACUUUCUAACCUCAUAGCGCCCUACCACAUUUAUCCGACGUAGUAGUUCGGUAUAGGAGCAUCUGGGUAGUCGCUGUCGUUGAACUAGAUCCCGUGUACGACACAUUGACACUGAAACCAUUAUUGUAGUACUGCGACGCCGUGUUGAUUUAGAUAUCACAAUUACAGUCGUGGUUUGUUGCGGCCAUCUAAUUUCGGGGACAGGCAAAGUGGUGUUUAGGCGCACGGUAUUUCGGUUUAUGAAAGACAAAAGUAGG